AUGGCACCGGACAGACCCGAUGCAUCGGGCUUAGAGGCUACGUGUGGUUUAACCGUUACACGAGUCUUUAAUAUUGUUGAUUCAGUAGUGACAUUCAAAAAAGCAGAUAAUACUAGUGCAUUCGCUGACAAAAACAAUAUCGCUACAGUUGACGUAGCUUCAUCAGAUGUUAUCAGCAAUCCUACAGUUGUCAAAAAUUUUAACGAUUUGGGAAACCCAUUGAUAACUAAAAUAAAUCAGUCUGACGAUGAUCUUACAUCAUUAACGUGGCUUCAUCAACAGAAUCUUCUUAAAGGUCUUGAAAUUUCGAGCCCUACCAAAAAUAUCAAAGAUGAAAAUAUUUUUAUUAAUAACAACAAUAAUAAUGAUAAUAAGAAUAAUAAUAAUAAUAAUAAUAAUAAUAAUAACAAUAAUAAUACGAAUAAUAAUAAUAAUAAUAUUAAUAAUAAUAAUAAUGUAUGCGAAGAUAGUACAGAACUUUCAGAAAAUACCAACUCUAUUUCAAGUCUUGACGAUAAUUAUUUUCCAGAAAAUAAUGGUAAAAUAAGUUCACCUGGAGCAGGGAAACUAUGCCUGAGUUAUCAAAACUCUGAUCAGACUCACGAAAAAUCCGAGCCAUUCUAUCAUCAGGAUACAGGGAAAAACUCUUACAACGGCAUGCAACAAAGUAAUCAAGUGAAGAUAUCAUUGAACAACAAUAAUUUGCCUGUUUCGAAUCGUAACAAGCAUCCUACUCAUAUUCCUUAUGAUCCUCAUUUGCAUAGAAAUAGUAAACCACCGUAUUCUUUUUCUUGCCUUAUAUUUAUGGCUAUUGAAGACAGUCCGAUGAAGGCAUUACCAGUUAAAGAAGUUUACGCUUGGAUACUUGAUCAUUUUCCCUAUUUUAGAAAUGCACCAACUGGUUGGAAAAACUCGGUCAGGCAUAAUCUCAGUUUGAACAAGUGUUUUCGGAAAGUUGAAAAAGCACCAAAUCUAGGAAAGGGUUCACUGUGGAUGGUAGAUGAUCAGUAUCGUCCAAAUUUAAUUCAAGCGUUAUCACGAGCACCUUUUCCUCCGCCAACUGGACAAAAUCUCUCUUCGCCAGACAAAAAUAUGAAAAAAAAUACCAGUACACGACUUCCUGAUCCUGUAUUGUUCCCUUACUUAUCUAAGAGGCUUGCAUCAAGUAAUAUAAUUGAUAGUACAGAACUUGAAUUUGACAGUGACGUUGAUGCUGCUGCAGCUGCUAUGCUUUCUUUUAAACACGGACCUAUUAUUCUUAAUCACAAUAAAGAGCGGAAACGAAAAUCAAAUAUUGAGCCAGAAAAAUUGAUACCUAUAAUUACGCGAAGCUCUAGUGAAGAUCAUACAUACAGCUGUAUAACCUCUUUAAAAUCUGACAGUAAAGCGUCGAACAGCUCAAUUUUAGAUAAUAUAGGACUUGGUGUCAAUGAUGUGGAUGAACAACGUAAAAUAGCUGAAGGAGCUGAUGCUCUACUCAAUCUUGCUGGAAUCCCUUUCAUUAAUAAUAGUGCUCAAGAGAUACCUAUAAACACCGUCAGUACAUCAUCUGUAAUUAAUCAUACCAUAAAGUUGCCAUUGAUACAGGUAUCUUCGUCUAAAUCAAAGCGGCGCAUCACCUCGAGCGAUUACUCUAGUCUACCUGACAAACGACGUAAGCGCUGGCGCGAGUGGGGUGGAAGCAACAGGUACCCUAAACAAGUUCGGGGUUAG